CCCCUAUAAGAAGCAAAAGCAUACGGACGAACGGGCGGGGUUACAUAUGACGAUAUACCCGUCCAAUAUAGCUCCAUAGCUCUCACCUCACACAUAAAACCCACAACAACAUCACACACACCAUCCCCAAAAUGCCAAUACCAUCAACACCCCACCCCGGCCUCCUCCACCCCUACGCCCCCCGCCUCGUCGCCUUCGAACACACCCCGUCCCCAACCGCCAAAAACACAAUCCUCUUCGUCGGCGGCCUCUCAGACGGCCUCCUAACAAUCCCGUACGUCCCCGUCCUCGCAUCCUCCCUGCCUCCGGAAUGGUCCCUCGCAACCGUGCUCCUCUCGUCCUCGUACUCCGGCUGGGCGACCUCGUCGCUCGCAAGCGAUGCGGACGAACUCGCGGCCGCGGUUGCGUAUUUUCAGGGUUUGGAGGGUAGGCAGGGCGGGAAGGUCGUGCUGAUGGGGCAUUCGACGGGGUGUCAGGAUGUCGUGGCGUACCACGUCCUCCCCUCUUCCUCCCCACGGCCAAAAGUCGACGGCAUCAUACUGCAAGGCGGGGUGAGCGACCGCCAGGCGUGGGAGGACAUGCUGAACGAGGAUCCGAGCAAGAAGGCGGAGUUCGACGCCGUGGCGAAGAAAGCGCGGGAGUGGGUUGAGGCGGGGAGGGGGGACGACGUGCUGCCGAGGGAGGGGAACGUGUUUAGUGAGGUUUUCGAGGCGGGGGUGAGUGCGUAUCGGACGGACAGUCUGGUGCGGAAGGGCGGGGACGACGAUUUCUUUAGUGAUGAUCUGGGGGAUGAGGUUUUGCGGGGGACGUUUGGGAGGAUUGGGGGGUUGGGCGUGAGGGUCAUGUUUGUUUUGGGCGGGGAGGAUCCGUAUGUGCCGAGGAGGGUGGAUAAGAGGGCGUUGGUUGCGAGGUGGACGGCAGCUGUUAGGGAAGGGGGUGGGGUCGUGGAUGAUGUUGAGGGGGGUGUUUUGGAUGGUGCUGGGCAUAAUCUUGAUGGAAACCCUGAGGAGGUGGUGAGGGAGUUGGUGGAGAGGGUUGUGGGGUUUGUGAAGAGGGUUGAGGGGGAGGAGAAGUAGAAGAAGGGUGAAGAUGUGUGCUGGAUUUCGAGGAGGUCAUAGAUAUAAGAUCACUAGACAUGCUCCUACAAGUAUUGGGUGUAAUGCUAGAGAUUGGGUCUGGGCACCUUUCAAACAACAGGGUGUAGGAUAAUGCAUUUACGUCUACAUGCUUUUAUCUAUCCACAAAUCCAUCUUACUUCAAUUGAAUCUCCUUUCCACUAUAUCCACCUACAUGCAUGAAGUUCGCCCUCAACGGCGUCACACUGGUGUAUCCUUGAGCCACCGCCCACCCAUCAUUACCAGGCUCACUCUCCUCAACGCUCUGG